UUCUCGUGCUGGCCGCGUUUGCUCCAUGAUCAGUCGUUCGCCGCGCGCGCGCCAAGCUGUCACGUUGCCGGCCGCGUCCCUCUAGUUCGUGCCGACGCGCGUGCAAGGUCCUACCACCGGAUUGGCGAGGAAUCGAUCAACACCCCUUCAAGGUACAGUGAUAACGCACCCCGCGCGCGGGAGGUGGAGGGUGGUUCUCCCUCGUGUAUCGGAGCAUUGACUGGCAAAGGUGUGCCGUGCCUGCUGGAAGUUUGUUCGUCGUGGUGAUAAUCGCGAGAGGAUUAAAAAAAAACGCAGGGUGAAAGUGACGUUCGCCGGAUGGAACGAGUAAUUUGCGAGCAAUCGAUUUUUUCCACAAGAGGCCCACGAUUUUCCUGCUAUCGAUCGAGAUCGGCGUGAUCGGCUCCUGGCGACUACUGAAAAUUCGCGGGUGAGACAACGGUGAUAAUCGUCAACGCGGAGUGAUCGCGUGCCCGACAAUCUCGAGAUAUUAAGAGCGGCGCCGAAAGUUGUUCCCGCGCGCGCGAGAGAGAAAGAGAGAGAGACGGACGUCGCGCUUUCGACUCGAAAGUCGCGAUCGAGAAACACUCGCGACGUCGCUUAGGCGAGGUACGGCUUAUCUCGGUAUUGUGAUACAUACAGAUUACGGCGCCGCGUCCAAUCAGUGCUAUCGCGCGUCUUUAGAAACGCGCGCGCCAUAGGUCGGAAUCUGCGAUCGAGGCGAAUCCCGAGAGCCGUAACAGGUGACACAAUUAAUUCCGAUCGGGCCGCGAUUGGCGGACGCGUUUCUCUGCGUUCGUUCCUCUCCCUCUUCCUCGCUGCCUACGAAGGCGAGGAAAAACGCGAGACGAACGCGAGCGGAACGAUGGCAGAUCGCAGCAGCCGAGUGGUCGAUCUGACCGAGCAUCCGGAAAUUAUCAUCGAUCUUCGACGCGGUUGAGACAAGAGGGGGGAGAUAUUUGAUCGGCGUUCACUGGUGAACUCGUCGCUGAACUCGUCGGCGAAUGGCUCGCAUACAUCUCACGACGAGUGUUGCUCUCGGCGAUAAUAGCUCGCGAAUCGGGGCUCGCGUCCUUCUCGGCGCGACGAGAACGCGCGGGGUCACGUUCGCGCGGCGGUCGAAUUAAAAAAAAUACCAGGCGACGAUCAACAAGGAGAACGGCCGAUCGCCAGCGAGCGGACGAUAACGAGACGGCCGCGCAGAAGGAGCAUCAGUGGAAAGGAGGUCCCAGCCGGCGCCUCCUUGAUCUCUCUUCUCGCCCGACGAGGCGCCGAGCUUGUCGACCAGCAAGACAACUACGACCGACAGUUUCUUUCUUAGAAUCGGAACAAAAAAAGAAAACUGGUAGCUUCGCGCGACAUCCCGCGUUUCCGUGACUUGUACAACCAGAGAGCGUACAGGACUCGAGAGGAUUCGAGGAGCACCGAAGGAGUUUUGGGUCGGCGUGCGAAGGCUAUUGACAUGACAAAGUGACACUCCGAGAUAGCGAGAGGAAGCCUUCAGAGGAGAAGCCAGGAUGAUGAUGCCACCGCCACAGGUCGUGGGUGUCCUGCUGAAGAAACCGGGACAGCAGACGCACCCACGAUUACCGCCCCUAGACCCGCAGGAGACCAAGAUCAGAGGCGAGCUGUAUGUGGAAGAUCUAGCCGAGAGAAGGACGGUUUCCAUCAGGAUGGGCUGGCUGUGGGUCGAGGGCACCCCGAUGAGGCUGCCACUGAGGGCGUUGAACCUCCGUCAAGCAUCUCCCAAUCUCUGUCAACCGCACCCGUUCGCCCUGGGUUUCACCCUGAGCAAUCCGCAGGGUCAUUCGCUCGCCACUUUUUGGGCGGAGACGGAACCAAUCUACUGGUCCUGGGUCAGAGCGAUCGCGGCCGAGCUGGUCCGGCAGACGCCGUUUCGCGCUCAACGAUGCUUGAACUUCCUGGAGAUACUGACCAUUUGCCCGAGAGGCCCGGUUCCAGACAGCCCGACGGAAACGAGGCGGCGGUCCCGUAGCGAGUUGCGUUGCUGGCCGAGUGAUUCGCCGACGGAGAAGACGAUGAUGACCGGGACGACGAUACUCGACGAGUCCAGACGGAGAGCGAGAAGCGAGCUGCGAGGUUGGUCUAGCAGUAACUCGAGCGACGAGGACCUGUUGGGAGAAUUCCGCAGUAUCCCCGCUAUAAUCAACACCAAGGAUCAGCCGGUCGGUAGGGCGUGGGGUUGCAGCGAGAGUAGCGAGGGUAGUGACGAUAGUCUUCCAUGGGGUGGCGUGUGCCGGUCUAGUGUGGACUCCGUGGACUCGAGUAGCGUACCGUUAGCGGAACCGGAAACGCGCGAGCAGAGGAUACAGAGGUACAAGGAGACCCGCAGACGCGAGAACGAGGCGAGAAGUCGAAGGGUCCUCGAGGAGGAUGCGAGACGGCGACGAGCGAGAGCCGAGGAGAAUAACAACAAUCUGCCGAAGAUCUACAGUCCUGGUAGAACGAGAGGCAGGAUCUACUCGACUGUCAAUGACAACGAUGACGUUCGUCCGACACGCUCGCCCAGGAAGGAACGUCCCGAUCGACCGACCGACACGACAAUGCGAAACGAAAACUCAAUGGUUGACCGACUGCCUCCGGUGAAGCCAAACGAGUCCUCCGGUACCGUGAGAUUCUCCACCGAAGAGAAUCACCGGAACGAAGACGACAAGCGGAACAACAAUAGUCCGAAGAACGAUAACAGCAGCCCCGGGAUACUCAGAUCGGACAUGAGUGAGAGGAGAAGCAGAGCCAGGGAGAGGAGGUCCUUUCGCGACAAAGGGCAAUCACUACACACCCAGCAAUUGACUAGUACCAACACCAGCAUUGGCAGUAUCGGUACUACUACCAUCAGCAACAGCGUGGAAACUCUUCGAGAACGCAAGGAACGCUUGGCUCUCCUGACUUCCAGAAUACCCGUUCCUCGACAGUCAUUGCAAUCUUACUCAAAAGCGAUGGACUGUCCGACAGUCGUCUCGCCGCGAUCGCCAAGCUCCCCAUCAGCCUUGCAGCCUCCUUGCGAAGAAGAUGUUGCCAAGCUUCUAGAGCGGUGUCAGAGGGUGGACCACUAUGUGCCAGUGCGGGAAAAGCUCACUUUGUUUGAGUCUCUCUCGAGAUUGGGCGGUCGCCUGGCCAGAAGCACGGAGGAUCUCGGUCGAACGUCUUCCAAGCCCAGUCCCAGAGGCAAGCAGCGUGCCAGAUCUCUUCACGAUCUCAACCGGGGCGCCCGGGCGGUGCCCGUGAGAGAGAUGUGUCGAUUCUUCGAGGGCGAUGUGGAGCAGGAUGCCUGUCAAAAGGCGAUGAUGCUUGCCAAAACGAGAUUCAGUGAUCCACCUACGAAGAACACGUGGAAGGACCCAUGUUCAAAGUAUGAGGCACCUUGCAUCAGCGCUUCUGCGAGAAAGAAACACUAUCCUAAGUAAUCGCGAUAUCGUUGCUUUCCCUGAACAUUCAGGAAAUUCGGGAAAAUUUCUUCAAGUUAUGAUUCUCCAUCGGUCAAAAUGGAAUAGUGAAUUUGAUAACAAAGGAGGACAACCGAGUAUCAUUUUCAUUUUCCUCGUAAGUUUCGUAAGUUUCAUGAAACAUCAAAAUUUUUGAGAUCUUACUGGAAAAGUAGAUAUUUUUCGAGUAAGCACAUUACAAACAUUUUCUUGAAAAAGAAAGCGAUUUUUGAAAAUUCAAAGUUGUAGGGAAUCUCCACUGUCAUGAAAAAUUUCUUUUCGCAACUCAUGAUUGAUAGAUUAGUGUAAAUAAAAAGUAUCUCAGGAUCGUCAGAGUGAGUGAAUUGUCCUUAAGAAUCCACGAGAGUUCCUCAGUCAUGAUGACGAUCGGUUCCUCGAUGGUGCUCGCGGCGAACUCCUGGUACGCGAAGCUAACUCGAUUGAGCCGCGCGUUAUCAAGCGUACAGAUUAGAAUCGGCUCUGUCGCGAGCGACGAUCGUCACACUUGCGCCGAGAGAAAGUCGGCGUGCGCGCGAGCUUUUUGCCACGCUCGAGGCCUCGAUCUGUGCUCGAUUCUCUCGAUGGCUGGUUGUCGCGAUCGGCCAUCAAGGCGAAGGAAGGAAAAAAGCGUCGAUGCUCGGUUAUGGCGCACCUUACGAAAGUGAGAAUGAAGAAAACCGUAGACUUCGCAGCUUCGAACCGAGUUUCGCAUCUAGUCGCGCUAUAUCGCGAAUGUCGCUUUAAAUCGUAGACAAUCGCGUCUGCUUGUAUUUGAAAUUGCAAUGCCGGCGUACGAUCGCAUACGAUUGUGCGUAUCGGCGAGAUCGAGCGUGGCCGAUCGUGACAUGAAGGGAAUGAGGAAAAGAGAAAGAGUGAGAAAGAGAGCGGGAGGGAGAGGGGGAAUCGGAGAAACCGGUAAUUUACGUUCACCGAGCGAUUGCCGCAACGUUGAACACCUGUAUGUAUACAAACUGUACGUGAGCCGAUCUGUCGGGCUCAUUUUUCGAUUAGCCUGAAUUCGAUCGUCCGGAUUUUAAUCAGGCAGUAGCUCGAUCAUCAAACAUUCAGAGAGAACGUGAAAGAGAUAGAUAUCGCAAAUGCGCGAUGUUUCUCCAGUUCUGAAUAACUACAAGUGAAAUUUGUAUAUAAUCAGUUAAUCCUAUCUUGUACCUGAAAUCGUUGAUCCUUGAUCUUUUUCUUUUUAGAUUACGUGAUAGUUUAAUGUUUGUUACAUGCUUCUCGUUGCGAUUGUAAAUAAGUGUUUCAUUGACAAUUCAUAUAUAUUUAUGGCUGAUAUAUAGUCUUUGUUGAUCGUGAAUAUAAUAGAAAUAGAAUAUUUUUCAAUAAGAGGAUGCGUUCUCCCUUCGUAUGUACUUCUCGAAUUUCCGUUUCGAGGGUCAGAAAAAGUGGAUCAGAGUCGACUUCCGCUUAUUUCGAAUCAAAACGACGAUUUCCGUUCGUACCAUAUACUCCCCCUCGCUCUCUCGUUUGCUUCAUAAUUGACAAACAGCAUUUGGAAUUACAUUACUAAAAUAUUAUAAAAUUCAGAAAAUGAAUGUAUGACAGAAUCUUUUUCAACAAGUAUAAUAUCAAUCAAAAUAACUUGACAAGGACAGAAAAAUUUAUACAAAUUUAUUCCAUAUUUAAAAACAAUGUUUCUUGUGAGAAAGAGAUGACAUGUUUCCUGAUUACUAAUGUUAUUGGAAAAAUUAUAAUUUAUAUUUAUUAAAACAUCAUCAUGUAUUUCGAUAUAUAACGUUGCGUAUUUAGACGCGCCAAUGCUAAUUGCACAAAGACUUUGUGUAGUCACAAGACUUGGGAAAUGAUUUUGUACAGUUAAUUAAAUCCCAUCGAGACGUUUUAUAUUCAAAGGGGAUUUGUCACGCCGCUUAUUUUUGUAUCUCGUUCGUUGUAUAGUGUAUGAUCUGCGAUUUUCUUGCGUUUCAUGUAUAGAAUUGUGAGCAUACUAUAGCCGAGUAAGGUGGACUAUGUUGUAAAAAUGCAUCGAGAGCAAGAUAAUUUAAUUCGCGACAGCGCGAUCGAGGACCAAUAAUGUUUCUUUAUUAACUAUAUUAUUUUCGCAUAUGCUGUUCUCACGAUGUAGAUAUUCUGGAAUCCUAUAGAUACAAAUCUCAUUUCGUGUUCUAUCGUUAAUUUAUUCUCACUCAAAUGUCAAUAAUCUCCGAUAGGUAAAGCAUCAACAAUUUAUGAGCGCGCGCUAUAUCUUUACUGUGUAAUUAAAUUUAUCGAGGCGAACUUUUUUUACAACCAACAAGGAAUUCCAGAAUACCAUCAGGACCCGAUCGCAAAGUCGCAUACAGUCGACGACCAUCUACAGGGUGAUUCAAAUGAGACCGAUGUCGCGUAUGACAGAUUCGAACGGACGGUAUCACAUUUGUCGAUGUCACCCUGUACGAAGGGUCGAUCGCCAAAGAGGUCUUCUAGUCCCUCGUCGGGUAAUUCCGAAAGGUCAUCCCCCACAUGUAACUACUCUUCGAUAUAUUCUGAGAUUUUUACCCCCUUCGAAUAUUUGUGAAAUGCGGAAUGUGCGUCGUCCGCGUCGUGCGCAGUUGCGCGGCGAAAGUCGCGCGUCUUUGUAUCUACCUUUGUUGUAAUAAAAAGGGACGAAUAAUGGCCGUUA